UCGGUCACUUUUUCUUCGUCUUCACCUCCUCUUCUUUGGCUCCUCCCAAACCUCUCUCGGUCCGUGCUCGGCCGUGGACUGUCCGUUCUGUGCGUAAAAACCGACCAGCCUCUGAGUCCAGAGAGGAGAAAGAGAUGGAGGAGCGUUCUCCUCUCUCCCAAAGAUUCUCUUCCUCUCAGAACAAACUCCGGCUCAGGGUCAUUUUUCUGGACGAGAGCGAGCGAACAUUUGAGGUGGAGUGGAAGGUCUCAGGAGGAGACUUCUUCAACAGGGUGUGUGGCCACCUGAAGCUGCUGGAGAAGGAGUACUUUGGUCUGGAGUUCAGGCACCACACUGGCAACUAUGUUUGGGUGGAGAUGCUGAAGCCACUGGUCAAACAGAUCAGAUACUCCAACCAUCUGUUCUUCAGGUUCAUCGUCAAGUUCUUUCCUCCUGAUCCAGGACAGCUGAGGAGAAGUCUGACCAGGUAUCUCUUUGCUCUGCAGAUCAAACAGGACUUGUCCAAUGGCAGUCUGACCUGCAAUGACAACAGCGCCGCCCUGUUGGUCUCUUAUAUACUACAGUCAGAAAUUGGGGACUUUGAGGAAGAAUUGGACUGUCAGCACCUGGAGAUGAAGCAGUACGUUCCCAACCAGGAAUAUCUGGACCAUAAGAUCAUCAAGUUGCACAGGACUCUCAGAGGAACGUCUCCUGCAGAGUCGGACGUUCAACUCCUGGAGGUGGCCAGGAAGUUGGACAUGUACGGAAUCAGACCACAUCCUGCCCAGGACGGAGAAGGGUUGAGGAUCAACCUGGCUGUGACCCACUCAGGUGUUCUGGUCUUUCAGGGAAACACCAAAAUCAACACCUUCAGUUGGGCCAAAAUCCGCAAACUGAGCUUCAGACGCAAACACUUUCUGAUCAAACUGCACGACAAAGUGGGGCCCUCCUGUAAGGACACUCUGGAGUUCUCCAUGGCCAGUCGAGAUGUUUGUAAAAGCUUCUGGAAACUGUGUGUGGAACAUCACGCCUUCUUUCGGCUCCCAGAGGAACCCAAGGUGGUCCAGAAAGGCCUGUGGUCAUGUUCGGGCUCCAGCUUCAGAUACAGUGGCCGAACACAGAAGCAGCUGCUGGACUGUUGGAGCUCCGUACAGAAGAGACCCGCAAUUUUUGACAGGACUUACUGUCAAAACGACUUUGAUCCCAGACAGUGCAGAUCUUCUCCUGACCUCCUCACCGAUGUCUCCAAACAGAUGUACGAACAGGUCUUCCCCUUCUCCCGCCCACCUCUGAACAUUCACAGUCACAAAGAUCUGGAUCCUUGUUCCCAGGACCUGGACCGCAUUGAAAUCACAGAAGGAGGGGCUAAACGCAGCCAAUCAUCUGUGGAGGUCACCCAGAGGCCCAGCCCUCUGGCUAAAGUCACUCCGCUCUCGCCGUAUCUUCACCGAUCAACGUCGACACACAAGACCAGAUCAGCAUCCACGUCUUUAAUGGACGAGGUGAGGUGUGGACAGAUCGGCAUGCAUCGACAGGCUCAGAGGUUAGCGGGGGUGUACGGCAACAGGUCCCGACGCCGGGCCAAUCCUCAGCCACAUCCUGACGCCGCUCAGCAGUUGGUUCUCCUUUACCCCAACAGUCCUGGGUAUCAGUACCACCCUGUUCUCCCCACCUUUCCCUUGUCUGGGUCCUCAGCACUCGGCCGUCAUCCGUACCUGAGCGACUACGUCACUGUGUCUUCCCUGGAAAGAUUCCCACAGGCCGGGAGGCGAGAUUACGUGGCAGUGGACAGUUUAGCUCGACCGUCUUUUUAUCCACUCAGCCACAGUUCGCCACCAAUUUCACCAAUCAGGAGAAAUCUCCGCCCCUGUAGCUUGGGUGGAGGUCUGGGAAGGAUUUACCAGCCGGGAACCAAUGGAGCGAGGUGGUUAGGAGGAGGACGGGUGGAGGCUGGACAUUACAGCGAUGACUCCAGUUUCCACCCAGGAUUACCACGUCGUGUCGCCAGCCAACCAGACGUCAAGUUCAACCUCUCCAGGAGUUCAAACCCCCCCUUCAGUGCCGCCUCUGAAUUCCGUCCCCUUGGGUAUUACCCACAUCUGACCCGUCCAUCCAGACCCACCUACCUCCCUCUGAGCUCCUCUCCUCUUCCUGAACGACCAACGUCACUGUACCUAAUCGGCGGCACUGGGGGGAGCUACAGCGACUCUGACCCCGAGGUUUUCUACCCUUAUUACCUACCAGCACCUCCUCCUCCACCACCUCCACCUUUAGGGAAGGUAGGUCGUUCUGCAGGACUAGCCAGGAUGAGGUUUUCCUCAGGGAGCCUUCAGCUGGAUGAGGAGGAGGAAGAAGAAGAGGAGGAGGAAAAGAAGGACGAAGCAAAAAAGAAGAAAAAUAAAGGGAAGACAAGAGAGGAAGAGGAAAAGACAGAUGAUAAAGACCAGAGCAAAGGCCCUGCAAAGAUCACCAAGAUCACACUGUAGGUGGGGAACCAGUUUGGACCGGUCUGGGUUAUGGGAUCAAAAGAGGAGGAAUCACAUGCAGA